AUGUCGGUCAUGCUUCCACAUGCCUGGGCCGCUGCAAGGGCUAUUGGUGUUACCGUCAAGGUUACCGCCCACGACUUGAGGAGAGGAGCGGCUCAAGAUACUGCGCGACUAGCAACACCGACAGGGAUUGAGUCUGCAGCAGCUGUGCUUUAUCACAAGCCAGGAAGUAUUGCAUCAGGUGUGACACAAAGGUAUGUCGGCACUAUUGGCCCGACCAACUGGGAGAAGCGCACAGAACUAGAAGACGACCAAGACUUUUCCCUCCUUACAAAUGGCAAACGCCAAAUGUUCGCCCUGAAGUUGGCCCCUGAGGUUGGCCCCUGA